AUGAAUAGCCUAAAUUCGAGGAGAGACACUACAGAACACGCUCCUGACGAAGAAACGCCGCUGCUUGGCGAGCCCUCUGAUGGGUCUCGGCCUUGGAGAAGGCUGAGGAAGCACAUGACAGUAAAUAUCAGCAAGAGCUGGGCGGACUGUAUCCUGUUGUUUGGAUACGUGAUUACUGGACUACUGGAUAGUUCUGCAGUCUUCAUUUGGGGCGCGUUCGUGAGCAUGCAGACUGGCAACACGGUAUAUCUAGGUCUCGGCCUCGUAGAGCCCGCGGCCGGCAUUCGGUGGAUCAAAUCACUAGUCUCAAUAACCUUUUUUUGUCUGGGUUCAUUCUUCUUCAGCCGUUUCCAUCGCUUCUUCUCACCUCGCCAACGUUGGGUACUAGUCGCGUCAUACUCCAUCCAACUCCUGCUCAUCGUUCUUGCAGCGGUGAUUGCUAGUAUUGGAAAUGGCUUAUCGAAUGGACUUCAUUGGCAGGUUCUCGUCCCACUAGCCUCAGUCGCCUUUCAGGCAAGCGGACAGGCCGUCACUUCUAGAGUGCUGCAGUAUGGAGGACUCACCAGCGUUGUACUAACGAGUAAUUGCUGUGACCUCUUCUCUGAUCCGAAUCUGGUCGCUGCGUCGAACGUAGAGCGCAAUAGGAGGGCCGCAGCACCGAUUUUGCUGCUGCUUGGCGCAAUCUUCGGCGGGUUAUUUGCCCAUAGUAGCGUCGGGCUUGCGGGUGCAUUAUGGACCGCCGUGGUACUGAAAACUUCCAUCAUUAUUUCUUGGUUGCUCUGGGCGACCGAGCCAGAGGAAGAUGGCUAG